AAAAAAGACGUAUAGGAGUACUUCGCGUGGUGUCCUCGUCCUCUUCCCUCUUGCCGUGCCCAUCCCUGUCCCAAUCAAAUUGAUCGAUUCAUCGCCCGCAACGCCGCAGCAGCUGCAGCAGCCGGCAAGCAACAAGGCGAGAUCGUUCGUCGGACUCGCAGGCGCAGUUACUGAAGAUACAGUAUGACUUCUCUGGACACCGUGAGAGGAGAUCUUGCCCUGGUUAUUUUGUACCUAAACAAGGCUGAGGCAAGAGAUAAAAUCUGCAGAGCGAUACAGUAUGGAUCAAAGUUCCUGAGCAAUGGAGAACCAGGGCCUGCACAGAAUGUCGACAAGUCAACUAGUCUGGCUCGGAAAGUUUUCCGGCUUUUUAAGUUUGUCAAUGAUCUCCAUGCUUUAAUUAGUCCUCCUGCCAAAGGAACUCCACUUCCACUGAUCUUACUCGGGAAGUCGAAGAAUGCGAUGCUGUCAACUUUCCUCUUCCUGGACCAAAUUGUGUGGGCUGGGAGGACAGGAAUAUACAAGAACAAGGAGCGAGCGGAGUUCCUUGGAAGGAUAGCAUUUUAUUGCUUCCUCGGUUCAAACACCUGCACAACCAUUAUCGAGCUAGCUGAGCUCCAACGGUUAUCUGCUUCAAUGAAGAAGCUAGAGAAGGAGCUGAAACACCAAGAGUUGUACAAGAAUGAGCAGUACCGGAUGAAGCUGCAGAAGUCGAACGAGCGGCUGCUGGCCCUCAUCAAGUCGAGCCUCGACAUCGUGGUUGCCGUGGGGCUGCUGCAGCUGGCGCCCAAGAAGGUGACCCCUCGUGUCACGGGCGCGUUUGGUUUCGCCAGCUCGCUGAUCGCUUGCUACCAGUUGCUUCCAAGCCCACCAGCGAAGAGCAAGUGAGUACACGACGGCGGCGGCUGCUGCAUAUGCAGAGAUCGGCUUGGUGCGUCGACGAUUUGAUGGAUGGCAUCCUUGUCAGCAGGAAAUAAUUCCCGGAUGGAACUCUCAGCUCUGCGUGUAGCGUGUACUAGUAGGUCGGUUGCCACGCAAGGUGGCGGUAACCACGGCAAUUGUGGUGUCUGUUCUGGUGGACUAAUCAUAAAUAAUCAUAUUGUUGAUGGUUUGGUUGGUUGGUUAUGUAGCUUGAAGGCACAGUGACCUGUGGCAGAAUAAAGAAAAUAGCCACCUGUGAAAACGAUUCGUGUUAUAGCAUCACCAAGUACUAGCUUUCAUUUUCUAUCGGGUGUAAAGCUUUGAUACUGUUGA